CAUGUAUCAUCUAACUCGCUGGUGUCUUUUUUUUUUUCUCUCCCUCACAGCUAUGGGGCCUACAACACCCAAUCCAGCCAAGGGGGCUACUCUCAGCCUCCACCUCAAGGCUACAGCCACCAGGGCUAUGGUGGUUACGGCCAGUCGGGGGACUCGUCGGCAUACGGCCAGAGUGGGGGCUACAGCUCGUCCUACAGUCAGGCACAGAGUGGUUACGGGAGUCAGCCUCCCUCUCAAGGGUACAGUCACUCCAGCCAAGGAGGAUACGGUUCAGGGAGUUACAGCAAUGCCCAGGGAUCCCAGGGUUCGUACGGGCAGCAGUCCUCUUACCCCAGCUACGGGCAGCAGCCAACCUCCACCUCAUCAAGCAGCUAUGGGGGCUCGAACUCGCAGAGCUCCUACGGGCAUGCCCAGGGAGGUGGUUACGGCCAACAGCAGGGGUCCUAUGGCCAGCAACCGAGCUCAUACAGCCAGCAGGGGUCCUACGGCCAGCAACCGAGCUCGUACAGCCAACAGCAGGGAUCCUAUAGCCAACAGCAGAGCUCCUACGGUCAACCCAGUGGCUAUCAGGGCCAGCAAGGAGGAUAUGGCCAGCAAGGACAGUUUGGUGGGAGCAGUGGAGGUGGCGGCGGUGGUGGUGGAGGAGGUUCCUCAGGAGGAGGUGGGUACAACCAAGAUGCCAGCCCCUCGAGUGGUUAUGGGAGCCAGGAAACCGGCAGCUUCGGAAGCCAGCAGGAUGGCCGUGGCAGGGGCCGUGGGGGCUACAACCGCGGGGGCGGCGGUUUCGAACGUGGUGGCAGCGGUGGAAGAGGAGGUCGUGGAGGUCGCGGUGGGGGCAUGGGCGGUGGUGACCGAGGUGGAUUCAAUAAGUUUGGUGGCCCGAGAGACCAAGGACCUGUUGCUCCGAAUCCAGGAUCUGAUCAGGAUAACUCCGACAACAACACAAUCUUUGUCCAGGGCCUUGGCGAUAACGUGACCGUUGAAACAGUCGCGGAUUUCUUCAAGCAGAUUGGGGUGAUCAAGGUGAACAAGAGGACUGGCCAACCGAUGAUCAACCUCUACACUGACCGAGAGACUGGGAAGCUGAAGGGAGAGGCCACGGUCUCCUUUGAUGACCCUCCUUCUGCCAAGGCAGCUAUCGAUUGGUUUGACGGGAAGGAGUUCAAUGGAAAUCUGAUUAAAGUCUCCUUCGCCACCCGGAGAGUGGAGUUCAGCCGAGGGGGAAUGAGAGGUGGAGGAGGGAGAGGAGGCGGCGGAGGGAGAGCAUCGGCAGGCCGUGGGGGAUAUGGCGGCGGCGGUCCUCGUGGUAGCUUCUCCGGCGGAGGUGGGGGAGGAGGCGGAGGCGGAUCUGGUGGGGGUCAGCAAAGAGCUGGAGACUGGAAGUGCACCAAUCCGACUUGUGGAAACAUCAAUUUCUCGUGGAGGAACGAGUGUAACCAGUGCAAAUCGCCCAAACCUGAAGGAGGCCCACCACCAAUAGGAGUGACCACAGGCAGGACCGGCGAGAGAGACCCUAUUAGAUUGUGUACAUAUUCAUUGGGACCAUAUGGGAUUUGUACCUUUUAAUUUUUUUAUUUUAUACACCGUUACUGUGUUUGCGAUGUGCUGCGAGCUGUGUAAUAACCGUUAUAUUGUGAGGGGAGCUGUUGUUUCAUUUUGGUUUUGUAUCUGUUGGAUUUUACCUGUAUUUUCUCAAAAGUUGACAUUAAAAUUCCAACCGUUUUAACAA